AUGGCUGUUGACAUCCUCGUUCGUGGUUUCAGUGACUGGACUGCAGGUUGCAGCGAGAGCAGGUGGCCUUCCCUGAGUGUGGGCUCCGACGGCCUAAGCGUUGACUGGGGUCGACAAAAGUGCUGGGUGCGACUGAUGGGGGAGACGUGCAACCUUUUCGACUUCAAUUUCGGCACCGAAGAUGUUUCUUGGCCCGGUACCUUGGGCGAGGUGGCGAAAGUAAGCUUGGCCCAAGUGAAGUCUGUCCUGGACAUUGGCCUCCAGCUUGCAGACUGUCCUGCCCUGGACCAGCCUGAAGAGGUCGUCAAAUGCCUUGGCUUCAAGAUCAUAGGCCUUGUCCCUCCCUUCAACUUCCUGAACAGGAUGGGAAAUAUGCUGACGGAGUUCAUUGAAGUAUUUGCUUUGGUGGCUGCUACGGUGGUUCGUCAGGUCUUAGAAGAUGGCCAAUCUUUGGUUCAGCAGGCUGUGGUGUCCAAGUUUCCCUCCGCCGGCGCGCCUGCAGUGCUGCACCAUGCAGGCAAGAACCUCAGGAUCAAGACGCACUCCCAGCACCCCAAAGGACGACAAGCAGACCGACCAAGGUCCACGCUGCAGCGCGGGGAGCCUCCCGGCGAGAGCUUGCUGCAGCGGGGCGAUGGUGAAGGCGAAUCCAAUGGACAGGGCUCCAUUAACUUUGAGGUCCAUGACCAGGAGGGCAACUAUGCCACCAAGCUAAUCACGCAGUUCAACGGCAAAGAGACGGACACCAGCUCGUGCCUGGCCUUUGCCCCAAAAAACAAGCACGGCAGCCAGAACCAGGCGACCAAGGAAGACUGGCAGGUGGACAGCGAGGACGACUUCAUCCAGCUGGAGCCUUGGGCGGUGCCGUGCGACAAUUCCUGGAUGAAGGACAAUUGGAACAAGUGGCAAGGCUAUUCCUUCUACACCUGGGAGAUGGCGAUUGAGAAGUGCGUGACUGUAUCCUAUUCUCUCUCCACCCAGCCGGUGCUCGCCUUUGUGGGUGGCCUGGAGUUUGACCUCAUGCCGGCACCUCUGGCAUCCCUGGAUACACAGGUCUGCUGGCCGGACAAGCAGCCUGGAGGCGUCGACUUGAGUGUUCUGAGGACUGAAAUCAGAUCUGCCGGCUUCCUCCUCUUCAGCCGGACCCUUCGCCUCACCAAGCGCUUCGGGAAUGGCACUGAUUUCGUUGACGGGAAUACCUUCAGCGCACACGAAACCUGGCGCAACCCCAUCGGCAUCGCAAGAGGUAGGCACUCCGUUGAGGACGACCGAACCCUGGAGCCCAUGUCCCGGACGUCCUCGCUGCUGCAGGGCAAUCAAAGCAAAGCUUCGAGAAGGAGCAAGAUAGAAGCACAAAGCGCCCUGGUGUGGCAGGAGGACACAGAGGACCUCUACCUCGCGUCUAUAGACUAUGGGCCGCACAUGGUUGUGAAUCGUAGCUCCGAGCUUCGUGGAAAAGCAGCCGCCCAACGUAUGGGGCUCACACAGACCGGACAGAAGAUUGGGCAAGCUUCUGGAAGCCAGGGGCAGACAGAGCCAUUCCAACUUUUCUCCUUCAAGAACCCAGGCAUGGUGAACUUCAACAUCCUGGGGCUCCUGGACGACAACAAUCUGGAGCUGGGGAUGAAGAUUGAUUUCGGGCCCUUUGAGUCUCCAGAGAAGCGCAUCAGGCUGAUGAAUGUUGUCGACCAGUUCAACAUCGUCUUGAGUGCAAUGCCCUUCGUGUCGCUUGAAAGCAAGCAGAAGGCCCUUGCUUCUCUGAACGGCUUCAUGCAGAAUGACUUGGGUGCUGCCAUGCCAAUACCCGAGCUCCGCCCAGGAUGCAUGAUCGCGUUGCACUGCACCCGACAUAACAGAUUCUUGCGCAUGCUGGCAAACGGUGCGUUCGAUGGAGGAAGUCCCAGGAAUUUUGCUGAUGGCAUAGAAUCUCAUUGGACCUUCGAGCGCUUCACGGUGGUGGAUGCGGGGAAUGGGCAGAUUGCACUGCACAGUCCUCGUUGGAAUAGGUUUGUCAAGAUGGGCGGGGACCAGGUAGUGGAGGGCAGCCCACACAAGGCCUCCAUCGCCCUUCCGGAUGGCUGGACUUCAGAACGCUUCACCGUGGUGAACGCUGGGAAUGGAGAGAUAGCCUUGCAUAACUCCCUACGGAAUCGUUUCAUACGCAUGGCAGGUGAUGGCUAUGUGGACGCCAGCAGCUCUACAAGCACCCUCCCCGACGCCUGGACCCAUGAACGUUUUCGCGUCCUGCAUGUGAAGCCAUACCUGACGGUGGGGAGCGUCAUAGCCUUGCAUAGCACGCAGUGGAACCGCUUCCUCCGCAUGAAUGACGCGCUUGACAUGGACAGGAGCAGCGAGAAGGGGGCCGACCAGAUUCCUGAUGGUUGGACUUGGGAAAGAUUUACUGUGGCGGAUGGUGGCAAUGGUCAAAUAGGAUUAUACAGUCAAAAAUGGAACCGCUAUGUAAAGAUGCAAGACCAUGACAUGAUGACUGGAAGUGGUUUGGGAAACUACGAACGGUUUGCAGUGGUGGAUGCUGGCAACGGCGAGAUCGCACUGCACAACACUGCGUGGAAUCGCUUCAUACGCGUGUCGGACACUGGGUCAGAUGCAAGUUCGGGCAAGAGCCCUCAGGACUUGCCAGAGAAUUGGUCCUGGGAGCGCUUCCGUGUUGUUGAAUUAUCAACUCCCAGCAGCUGGUCCUUUGACUCCAGAUGA